UCCGCCCUCUGGCCCAUUUCCCUUUUAUGAGUUAGGGUUUUCAAAGAAACUGCUUCUUCCCUUUUCCUCGCCUUAGGGUUAGGGUUUCCACCCGUUACUUUUCAAUCUUCUUCGUAUAAUAAUCAGAUUUUCCGUCCUUUUCUUUUGGAAGGAUGAAGCCAGUUUUCUGUGGUAAUUUCGAUGGCGAGACACGCCACUCCGAUUUGGAGCGGCUCUUCUCCAGAUACGGCAGGGUCGACCGCAUCGACAUGAAAUCUGGGUUUGCCUUUGUUUAUUUUGACGAUGAGCGUGAUGCUGAAGACGCCAUUAGGGGUCUUGAUGAUACCCCUUUUGGUUAUGGUAAACGCAGGCUCUCGGUGGAGUGGUCAAGGCAAGGUGACCGAGGGUCGCGUCGCGAGGGGUCCAGGGCUGUGGCAAACACGAGGCCUUCUAAAACACUGUUUGUGAUAAACUUUGAUCCAAUCCAUACAAGGAUUCGUGAUAUUGAGAGGCACUUUGAACCUUUUGGGAAGAUUUUACACGUACGAAUUCGGAGAAACUUUGCAUUUGUCCAGUUUGAAACACAAGAAGAGGCCACAAAGGCCCUGGAGUGCACUCACAUGAGCAAGAUUCUAGACAGGGUGGUGUCUGUUGAAUACGCUCUCAGGGAUGAUGGCGAGCGUGGUGACAGGCGUGACAGCCCCCGAAGAGGUGGUGGAGGAUAUGGGAGGCGAGGGGAUAGUCCAUAUGGCCGUUCUGUAAGUCCGGUUUACCGCAGAGGCCCUACUCGUCCCAGUCCUGAUUAUGGGCGAGCCCGCAGUCCUAUUUAUGAUAGAUACAAUGGACCAGCUUAUGACCGGAACCGCAGUCCUGACUAUGGCAGAUACAGGAGCCGAUCACCUGCCCGAAGGUCAAGGUCGUGAAAUGGGUUCUGAAGGCGCAGUACUAGGACUCAAAGCAGCUAAAUGUGUCUUUUUUUUAAAAUGUUUUUUUUUUUUUUUUGGUUUGUCAGGUGGAUAGUGAGGACUUGUACAUGGUGACUCUUUUCUGUGGGCCUACACUAGGCUUUUUAUGGAGCUCUUUAAGUUGGUUUUGCCUAUAUGAGCAUUUAACUUCCA